AUGAAAUUCUUCGCUGUUCUUGCACUUUGCAUUGUUGGAGCUAUUGCUCACCCAUUGACUUCUGACGAAGCUAAUCUCGUUAAGUCUUCAUGGAACCAAGUUAAACACAAUGAAGUUGACAUUCUUGCUGCUGUCUUCAAGGCAUAUCCAGACAUUCAGGCUAAGUUCCCUCAAUUUGCCGGAAAGGAUCUCGAUUCAAUUAAGACGAGUGGUCAGUUCGCAACUCAUGCAACUCGCAUUGUCUCAUUCUUGUCAGAACUUAUUGCCUUGUCAGGAAAUGAAGCAAACCUUUCAGCUGUUUAUGGACUUGUCAAAAAAUUAGGAGUUGAUCACAAGAACCGUGGAAUUACACAAGGACAAUUCAAUGAAUUCAAGACUGCUCUUAUCUCAUACCUCUCAAGCCAUGUCUCAUGGGGUGAUAAUGUUGCUGCUGCAUGGGAGCAUGCUCUUGAAAACACAUAUACAGUUGCUUUUGAAGUCAUUCCAGCCUAA